AUGGUAUUACCUCGCAUCUUCAAUCUCAUUACUAUCGCUUUAUUUAUAGCAACUCUUGUCACUUCUGUUACAUCAGAGGAUCCAAAACGAUAUAUCGUUGUAUUAGAACCAUUAUCAUCUAUCGCUUCUUCUUCUGAAUCACAUUAUGAGUGGUUAAGUAAUGAACUAACCAAAUUUAGUAUUAAUAGUUUGUCAUCCUUUAAUGCUAAAAUUAAAACUUUUUCCACUGAUGGAAGUUUUCGAGGUUAUACCGCUUGGUUUCCCGAAAAUUUGAUGAAAGAAGUAAAAUCUCGCCCGGAAGUUAAAUAUAUUGAAGCGGAUUCUCCAGUGUCUAUUAAGUAUGCUGUACCGCGUGAAGUUCAAAAUAAACCAAAUCCUAACUUGGAUCGGUGCCCAGAUACUGAUGACAACGGUCAUGGUUCUCACGUGGCUGCAAUUGUUGGUGGAAAAACUUUUGGUGUUGCAAAGAAAGCAAACCUUAUUGGUUUAAAAGUUUUAGAUUCUACUGGUGCCGGAUCAAAUGCUGAUGUCAUUCUUGGGAUGCAGUUUGUUCUUGAAGAUCGUAAGAAAAGAAAUAAAAAUAAUACUAUAGUCAAUAUGUCCCUCGGAGGUGUAUUUUCUCAGGCUGUCAACGAUGCCGCUAAAUCCCUUACAGAUGCAGGAGUUCACGUUGUAGCUGCAGCUGGCAAUGAAGCUACUGAUGCAUGUUUAUCUUCACCUGCAUCUGAACAAUCCGUUGUUACUGUGGGAGCUACUAAUAACUUAGAUGAUGGAAUAGCAUUCUUUUCAAAUUUCGGAGAAUGUCUUGAUAUUUUUGCUCCUGGUUCUGAUAUUUUAUCAGUUGGAAUUACUAGUGAUACUGAUAUUGCAGUUUUUAGCGGAACAAGUCAAGCUUCACCUCAUGUUGCUGGAAAUUUAGCUUUAUUGAUUUCCAAGAAUGGUAACAAAAGUCCUGUUGAUCUUACUAAGGAUUUAAUUGGAUUAUCAACAAAGAAUGUAGUUAAAGGCUUAAACCCGGAUACUGCAAAUAAUUUUCUUAGAGUUCCCGCACCUUAA